UUGGUUAAUUAGGUGGAGAAUUUUGAUUGGUUGAAAACUACUAUAAAUAUAUAGGAGUUGUAGCUCCAUAGGUGUUUCUCAUAAUUAUCUUUCUUCCAAAUUAUAUAUCCAAGACUUGGCAAGGCUUCGAUUCUACACAUCCACAAGGUAUGGAAAAUGAGAAGAGUAGCAUCGCUUUCUUCACAACUUAUAGACCCCCGGUACCAUUGGACAUAUACUCACAAUAUAUAUCGAACAAAAAUCCUCAUGAGGUUCACAUGACUGAUGGUGUGUCCUAUAACUACAAUGGCCGACCUAUUCCAUCUAAUGCUCUUCAAACAAUUCAUAAACGCCUUUCUGGAGAUAGCGAAAACGAUGUUGAUAUCUCCUCGGGCUUGGUUUACGUAUCUGAAAGAAAAGGCAACCUCGAAACACUAUACAUAGCUCUUCACUAUAAUAAUAGUGAUUAUCCUGAAGUCGAAACCAUUGAUUUUGCUCAUGAAUUUGGGACCUUUGAUGGUAUUCGAAUGGAGGAUAGUGGUUGUAUUGCUGGUGAUUAUCUUGUUUAUGUCACAACUAAGGAUAAUCCUCACAAACGUCGUUUCCCAUGGACAUCAGUCUAUAAAACAAAUCUUAAGACUUCAGAAACUCAACGACUCACCCCACAGGGAAAAGCUGAUUUAAGUCCAUCAGUAUCACCAUCUGGAAAAAAGAUUGCAGUGGCAUCAUUUAAAGAACAAGGUUGGGAAGGGGAAAUUGAAGAUCUAAAAACAGAUAUUUAUGUGUUUAAUGUAGAUGGACCUGAUUUAGAUCGUAAGAUGGUUAUAAAGAAUGGUGGAUGGCCAACAUGGGGAAGUGAAAACAUUUUAUUUUUCCAUCGAAAGGUUGGAAACUAUUGGGGUGUGUUUAGAGCUGACAUUAGCAAUGGUUUUACAUCGGACACUCCUCGUGUUACUCCCGAAGGCUUUCAUGCAAUGACUCCAGCUGCCAUCGACGAAACCACUGUGGCCGUCGCAACUAUUCGCAAAGAAUCAAAAUUUGAUGAUACUGCUCGUUCGUUUGAACAAUAUCGACACAUUGAGGUUUUUCAUUAUCCAGCUACUUUGAAUCGAGAUCCCAUAAAAAUAACUCAAAGAACUAGACCAAAGGCCGACCACUUUAACCCUUUUGUGAUCGUGGAUGAGGGGGGAGAUCCCAAUAAAAUUGCUAUUGGUUACCAUCGUUGCAAGAGCGACAAUCUUAAUGUUCCUGAUUAUAAUAGUAUGGAAAGAAAAAUUAUCCAGCUUGACUGUCCACCUCCAAACGUAGACUUGUUUAGGGUUCAAGGAGUAUUUCCUUCAUUUUCGAGAGAUGGCUCGAGGCUUGCAUUUGUUGACAAUGAGUUCAUGAGAGUUUGGGUAGCUGACAAAGAUGGAUUGUAUAUGGUUUACCAGACCGAAGGCCCAGACAAUGUGUUUGGACCAGUUUGGAACCAAAUCGAUGGAAGAGAUGAGUUGUUUGUAUGCAAGGGACCAGCAUUUAAUGUAAACCAUGAAUUGGAUAUUUGUCGAUUGCCCAAUAUUAGGCAUCAUCAUCAUUUCCAAUCUAAAGACAUUAUCCAACUCACAAAUGGAUACAACAAUGCAUUUCCAUCACCUAGUCCAGAUGGAAAAAGAUUUGUUUUUCGAUCAGCAAGAGAUGGUGGAGAAGAUGGAUACAAAAAUCUAUACAUAAUGGAGAAUUCCCAGGUUGGGGAGUUCAAUAAUGGCAAAGUAACAAGACUAACGAAUGGGGCUUGGACUGACACACAUUGUCAGUGGUCUCCGAGUGGAGAUUGGAUCGUUUUCUCCUCAACUCGCGACAAGCCAAGUAAUGCUCCUCCGAGUGAUAAUGGUCUUGACCCAGGAUAUUUUGCAGUGUACUUAGUGAACGCGAAUACUCGCGUUGUGAUAAAAGUGUUAGGAAGUGGUGAUGAUUUCGCGGGUCAUGUAAACCAUCCCUUUUUCAGUCCUGAUGGAAAAAGAAUUGUUGUAACUGCAGAUCUUGCUGCGGUAUCUAUUGAUCCCAUCUCAUUGCCUCUUUUUACGCAUUCUGUUAGACCUUAUGGAGACAUAUUCAUCGUCGAGAUUGAUGAUAUCCUAAACAACAAUGAUGAGAAGAAUAGAGAUGAUGUGAUCUUUGUUCGUGUUACGCAUAGUAGGUUUGAGAAUGGCGCCGCUAGUUGGACGAAGUUCUCAAUAGGUGAUCCCAAUGAGUCAUGGAAGAAAUAUGUAGAGCAAUACGGGGAACACUCAAAGGGUAGACAACCCUCAUUAUGUCCUAUAAUACGUCCCCUAAUUGCAAAACCAUUGGGUCUUGAUGUUAAAGGUGAAAGUUGGCAUUUGACUGGCCAUCUUUGCAUUCGAGAUAGACGUUGUUGAUGAAUUAAUAUUGCAUGCAUGCAUGCAUGCCUUGUAGUACGUGUUCCUAUAUGUACACGAUCAUAUAAUAUUUGGUCGACCUUUUCAUUAUUGAAUAUAUAUAUAUAUAAAUCUCAUAAUAAUCUCUAUCAUAUUAGUAAUGCUAUGUCAUAUCAUUACUAAUAUAUAAGGGAAAUAAGGAAUAAUGGCUCACUUGAGUGUAUGUGUACUCAAGUGUAGUGUGUGUACGCAAACUUUGUUCUCUAUCUAUUGAGUCAUAUUAGUGUGUGUAAACUUUGUUUUCAUAUAUACGGAAGCUUUGUUGUGAUUUAUAUAAGUAUAAUAAUUUUCUUCUGUCCAA